AUGAUUGCGGUUGGAAUGCAUGUCGAGAUCAAAAGGAGUGACGGCCGCAUUCACGGGGCAGUAAUCGCAGAAGUGAAGUCAAACGGGCGGUUUAUGGUCGAAUGGUACGAGAAGGGUGAGACGAAAGGAAAAGAGUCUUCACUAGAUGAACUUCUGAAAUUGAAUCCAACUCUGCAAACUCCUAAGCCAACACCUGUUCAGCCACCACCACCUCAGAAAACACUUCAGACGUCAACGGCAGUCAACAGAAUGAAUACGAAUAUGCAAAACAUGCUAUUGGAUGAAGACGACACUUUUUUGUUAGAUCAUAUUAAAAGUAACAAUACUGCUACUAACAAACGUCAGUCUGGGCUUUUCAAUGUCCCUCUUCGAUCAUCAUCUCCUACUGAAAAACCAGCAGCUCCUGUUCGUCGUGCUCCAUCGCCAACGGAGAAGAUGGCUUCUACACGUCGCGCGACAUCUCCGACUGAAAGAGCAGUUCGACGGGCGCCAUCUCCAAAAACGGAAAAAUUCGCGGUUCCUGCAGCUCCUAAAGCUCCUUCCGCUCGCUCGGUUCUCGCACCAAAUGUGAAUUCUUCAUCUAAACUCGAAUCUCACCCUACAGUUACACCCGCACCAGCUGAAGUUCCGAAACAAACAAGUAGACGUUCUGUUAUGCCACAACCAGCUGCUCCUCCAUCGGCUCCGGUAAACAUGAACACUCAAAGAGCUCCGUCACCCGUCGCUCGGGCACCGUCUCCCAAAAAUGGUCCGCGAUCUUAUCCGCAGCAAGAAGUUUCUCCUUCAAACGGAAAUUUUGCGUUUGCCGAAAUGAUUCGUAAUUAUAGGGCUCAGAUUGACUACCGCCCACUUGGAAUGUUUGACAGUGUGAAUGAGAAUCGCAUUUCGGUUUGUGUGAGAAAACGUCCUUUGAAUAAAAAAGAGCUGACGAAAAAUGAAGUAGAUGUUAUCACUAUUCCUUCUCGUGAUAUCACCAUUCUCCAUCAACCACAGACACGUGUCGAUUUGACAAAGUACCUUGACAAUCAGAAGUUUAGAUUCGACUACUCUUUUGAUGAGUACGCAAACAACGAACUUGUCUACCGAUUCACUGCUGCUCCACUUGUGAAAACUAUUUUUGACAACGGUAAUGCCACUUGUUUCGCCUACGGUCAGACUGGUUCUGGAAAAACUCACACAAUGGGCGGAGACUUCUCUGGAAAAAAGCAAAACGCUUCAAUGGGAAUUUAUGCUUUGACAGCAAGGGAUGUUUUCCGUAUGAUCGAGCAACCACAGUACCGUCGAAAGGAUCUCUCCGUUCAUUGCGCGUUUUUCGAAAUUUACGGAACAAAGACAUUCGACUUGCUCAAUGAAAAAGCAGAGCUUCGUGUUCUUGAGGAUAAAAUGCAAAAAGUUCAAGUUGUUGGAUUGAAAGAAGAGCAAGCAAUGAAUGAAGGGGACGUUCUAGAAUUGAUCAACAAAGGAACACUAGUCCGAACAGCUGGAACAACGUCAGCCAACGCUAAUUCUUCACGUUCUCAUGCAAUCUUUCAGAUAAUUCUGAGGCAGGGAAAGAAAAUUUGGGGUAAGUUCUCGCUGAUCGAUUUGGCAGGAAAUGAACGAGGACAAGACACCAGAGAAUGUGAUCGUGAUACUCGUAAAGAAGGAGCGAACAUCAAUCAGUCGUUACUUGCAUUAAAGGAGUGCAUUCGAGGAAUGGCUCGCAACAGUUCACACGUCCCAUUCCGUCAGUCGAAGCUAACAAUGGUUCUUCGAGACAGUUUCAUUGGUGAUAAGUCACGCACAGUGAUGAUUUCUAUGAUAUCGCCUGGAAUUUCGUCCAGUGAUCACACUCUGAAUACACUUCGCUACGCAGAUCGGGUAAAAGAAAUGGGCGCUGACGGAAGCGGCGAGGCUACUCCAAUCCGCGACGAAGAACUGUUCAUUCCGCCAUCUCUCGAUAAAUCCGAUGAUGAUUAUGACGAGGAAACGGAAAAACAGGAGCACCGUCGUUUGGCAGCUGAUCAUUUCCGAAAUCUUAAAGACAUGACAGAAAAACUAUCACGUGAAUCGAUCACCGUUCUAUCAACCGACGCAAGUGCAGCUCAAAAAGCGGAAUGUCUCGCCAAACUCGAUCAACUUGCUCAAAUAAUCUCGAAUACUCGUGCCGCUGUUGAGAAUGUUUGA